AUGGAGGGCCCCAACACGAGCCACUGGUCUGAGCCCAACUGGACGGCACCGCAGGAAUUUGUCAUCCUAGGCUUCUCGGGGUGGCCCCCGGGCCUCCGCAUGCUGCUCUUCUCUCUCCUCUUGCCGCUCUACUUGGCCACCCUGGCUGGGAACCUGCUCAUUCUGGGCCUGGCCCUGGCAGAACCCACUCUGCACACACCCAUGUACUUCUUCUUAGGUUCCUUGUCUGCAGUUGAGGUGGCCUACACCCUGGUACUCACCCCACGGAUGCUGGCUGGGUUUCUCCUGCCUCCCGGUGGCCAGGCGGUGGCGCCUUCUACCUGCGCGGCCCAAAUGGGUCUCUUCGUGGCUCUGGGUGGCUCUGAGUGUCUGCUGCUGGCAGCCAUGGCCUUGGACCGCUACCUGGCUAUCUGCCGCCCUCUCUACUACCCUCAGCUCAUGACCUCUGGGCUCUGCUGGGCCCUUCUAGCUUCCUGUUGUGUGGGUGGCUCUGUCCUAGCCUUAGGUCUCACCACUGUUAUAUUCCAGCUGCCUUUCUGCCAUGGCGGCCUUGUCAAUCACGUCUUCUGUGACCUCCCAGCUGUGUUGGUUCUGGCCUGUGGGAACCGGGACCUUCAGGAACACGCGUUACUGGCAGCCUGCAUGCUUCUGCUGGUGCUGCCCCUAAUCCUCAUCUUAAUGUCCUACACUAGGGUACUGGUGGUCAUCCUGGGGGUGGGAGAUGGUGCUGGCCGCCGCAAGGCCUUCAACACAGUGGCGUCCCAUCUCACGGUGGCUGUGCUCCACUAUGGCUGUGCCACAGCCAUGUACGCCAGACCCCUGAGAAGCCGCUCCCUGGAGGAAGAUAAGCUCGUGUCCCUCAUUUACAUAAACCUCACACCGCUCCUGUACCCAGCCAUCUAUACACUGCGCAAUCGGGACAUGCAGGGCGCCCUCCAAAGGGUAGUCAGCCAGAGGACAAUGGGUGCGGUCCAGCAAGCUGAUCCGGCCUAA